AUGUCGACCACGUCUCUCGAUGGGCCGCCAUCAGGCACCCCGGAGUAUGAUGCCUGGGCAGCGCAAGACAAAGGCCCCUCGAUAUCCAUCACUUGCUGGCUCUUCAUUUCACUAGCAGCCGUUUUUGUGUUCGCGCGACUGUUUGUAAGGCUGCGCGUGUACAAGAAGCUUAUGCCGGAUGACUACUGGUGCCUUGCAGGACUGGUGUGCGGCUUCCUUUCAACUACUUUUUCCCAGCUAGCCGUUAACUAUGGCAAUGGAAAACACUACCAGCUGCUCUCCGACGAGCGGCAAGAAAAGGUUAUCCUUUGGACGAUAGUGGCAUUCUGCCCUGGCGUCUUAUGCUUUGGCUUCCCCAAACUAGCUGUCGCGCAUCUCCUAAUCAAAUUGAUGAACCCUGGAAAAUACCACCGGUGGUUCCUUUGGGGACUAGUUAUAUGGUGUCUCUUGACUCUCUUCGCGACUAUCGGCACACUACUGGGACAAUGUCAGCCGGCGAAUUCGCAAUGGAACUUCGACAUCAAGGGUACAUGUGUACCAAAGCAUCACAUUGUGAACUUCAGUCUUUAUGCCGGAGGUAGGAUGAUUCCACACUACAUGCGACCCGUGUCUAAGAAGCUAACCACCUAUCAUCCAGCCUUCUCUGCAUUCGUCGACAUUUACCUUGCCGUCUAUCCGGCCAUCGUACUAUUUCAGCUGCAACUCAAGCUUAAAAAGAAGAUUGCACUCUCUGUCGCUCUCGGCAUUGGUUGUGUCUCCGGUGCUGUCGCCCUAUAUAAAACGACUAGAAUUCCCAAGGGUCUCGCCAGCCCUGACUUCUCAUAUGAAAGUUCGGAUCUGGUUAUUUGGACAGUUAUCGAAGGUUCCACCAUCAUCAUGGCUUGCACCAUCCCGGUCCUAUCACCGCUAAUGGACAUGAUAUUCGGCCACAACCCGUUCAGUUCGUCGAGGCGCAAAACGAGCUCCUACGAAGCAUACAAGAUGCAGCCGAGGAGUGGCCUCGGGACCACCGAUACUGCCGGGCGGAAGUCGAAGCCUCCUACCCAGUACGAUCUUGAGAAAACGGCGUUCGAUGAUCGCGAUGGCAGCCAGGAGAUUAUUAUCAGUGGACACAGCAAUGAUCCGAGUUCCUCCGAUCGAUACCCUCUCCAAAACUUUUCUCGGCCGUCUGGUAGCACGCCGCCGGAGGGACACAUCAUGCGGACCGAUGAAAUUGAGGUGUCGUACGAUAGCCAGGCCGUGCAUGGUCGAUCGAGGAUUUGA